AUGUCUGGUAGAGGGAAAGGAGGCAAAGGACUGGGCAAAGGCGGAGCGAAGCGGCACCGUAAAGUGCUCCGUGAUAACAUCCAGGGCAUCACCAAACCGGCCAUCCGGCGUCUGGCUCGCCGUGGCGGCGUCAAGCGGAUCUCGGGUCUGAUCUACGAGGAGACCCGCGGGGUGCUGAAGGUUUUCCUGGAGAAUGUGAUCCGGGAUGCGGUUACCUACACUGAACACGCCAAGCGCAAGACGGUCACUGCCAUGGAUGUGGUGUACGCUCUGAAACGCCAGGGCCGCACUCUCUAUGGCUUCGGCGGCUGA